AUGGCCCCGGUCCGGCCGCCCCGCGCUCGCCUGGCCGCCGCCUGCCAGCCGUCUCCGCCUCCUCCGCCGCCGCCGAGCGGGCGGGCGCGGGGCGGGCGGGAGGAGGGCGCGCCGGCGCUUGGAGAUCCGCGGCCGCCCCCGCCGGGGCGCGCGCGACCUCGGGCGCCGGGAACGCAGGCGGCGGCGGGCGGGGCGCCGGGGUCGCCCCGGGCGCCGGCCCGGCCGCGCGGACUCUCGCAGCGCGGGCCGCCGCCGCAGCCGCCGCUGGCAGGCCGGCCAGCAAGGGCACCGGGGCGGAGGGCGCAGCUGAAGCAGAGGCCCGGAGAGCCUGACCGGUCCAGGGAGCGGACAGUGCUCACCCCCGCCGGCUGCCUGCCGGCCAGGAACGGGGGCCUGUGCUCCCGGCUGUCCGUCUUCGUGCCCCGCCUCUGUCACCGGACGGCUGGCAGAGGGCUGGCGAAGCGCGAGGCCCAGGAGGCAAGACCUCUUGAACUGGGAGGCUCCCCUGUGAGGAGUGACUGCCUGUCCCUGCAGGAACCCGCAGAGACCCAAGCCUGGCCGGUUGACCCGCACCCCAGCCACAUGCCUCCAGCAUGCCGGCUGGCGGCCCUCCCAGCCUCCAGGCGCAGCCAGCAGGGGGUCAGCUGGGGCCAGGGGGCAUUCUGGACACCCCCGGCGCCCUGGCCCAGCACCUGCUGCCUGCCGCCCACUGACCCGCAGACCAGCGCCCACCACCCGCAGCACGUUGCUUGCCACCCUGGCCUGCGGGCCGCUGAGGACUUCCCGCUAACCGCUCCCGCCUGGGCAGAGGCUGCCGAUCCGGAGCGCGGGGCGCCGCUGGGCGGGGCACCCCACGCUGCCCACGCUGCCCACAGGCUGGCUCAGCGCAGCCGGGCUGGGGCGGGGGCCACUGCAGGGCGGGAGCAGCAGUCAGGGAGGACUUCCUGGAGGCACCAGCUGGCCAGCAGGAGAAAGGGGAAACGUAAGCAGGCUCGGGGUGCAGAGGCCAACAGAGGUGCCGAGGGCAGCGACCCCAGCUGCAGAGGGCGCCCACCAGCUGGCCGUGCGGGCGACGGCUUCUCUGCACCCCGGCAGCAGGCAGGGAGCGACACUCCCCGGCAGGGCGGCGGGACCGCCCGGCUCCAGCGGAGGAGGCGGCCUCACCGCCCGCAGCCCCGAGUCCCGCAGCCCCGCGGCCCGCAGGGAGGAGGCUGCGUGGCACAAGGCUGCCACCUGGUGGCUGCUCCUCACCGCGCCGCGGCUGCGCUGCCUCCGGCCAAGACCCUGGGGAGCCUCCAGGCCGGGCAGCCCCUCCCCCCAGACUCCCCACCACCGAUCGCACGGAGGGUGGGGGGCGCCAGCCCAGAACCGCCACCUGUCCGGGAGCAGCAGCUCACGAGGGAACCAGGCCCACGGGGAAACCCAUAA